CUUCCAAAACAACCCCCUCAUGUCAAACUAGGUUUGAAUCCCUCAAGUGUUCUACUACUAAACACUAAAUCUGUAACUGUCAAUUGCAUACCUUGAAGUUCCAGUAGCAGCAAUGUGGUCAAAUCAAUCAGGACUUGAUUCCUUCCGCUUGUUUCCUUCAAACGACGACGAUACCAAACCACAAUUAGGGUUUUCAUCUCUCGAUGAUUCCCCCCAAAUUCCAUCCCCACUUCCACCUCCUUGCAUCGAAGUUCUUCCAUCUCAGGUUUCAUCUUCUGUAAAACCUACGUUGGAGUCUGUUAAUCUGGAUGGACUUACUCUUCUUAAGGGGAGAGUUAGUACUCAUGAUGUUUUUGCUUUAUCGAAUUCGGAUUUGGUACCUGGAAAAUAUGAAGGUGGGCUGAAGCUAUGGGAAGGUUCCCUAGAUCUGGUUAAGACUCUUCGGUCAGAAGUCGAAUCCAACAACUUAUCGUUGGCUGGUAUGAAAGUACUAGAGCUUGGUUGUGGCCACGGGCUUCCUGGAAUAUAUUCUUGUCUACAAGGCGCGUCUGCCGUACAUUUUCAAGAUUUCAAUUCCGAGGUUUUACAGUGUCUCACAAUCCCCAAUGUUGUUGCUAAUCUUCCUGUAAAAUCUCAAUCACCGGGUGCUGAUUCAGAAGUUCGUUUCUUUGCUGGUGAUUGGAGUGAAGUACAUCGAAUUUUGCCCAAUUUACAAACCGAUAACCGAGACUCAAACCCGUCUCUUGGUUAUGAUAUCAUUCUCAUGGCUGAGACAGUUUACUCAAUUUCUACUCUCCCUGCCCUUUAUGAGCUUAUAAAAAAGUGUAUGAGCCGUCCUCAUGGAGUCGUUUACAUGGCAGCAAAAAAGUACUAUUUUGGGGUUGGAGGGGGAUCGAGACGUUUCAUAUCAUUGGUCGAGAAAGAUGGUGUUAUGGUGGCUAGCCUCAUUGCUGAGGUAGGGGGUGGAUCCUCUAAUGUUCGUGAAGUAUGGAAACUCCAAUUCAAGUAAAGUUUCUAAUAUCUCCAUAUGAAUGAACUUCAUUGAAUGUUUAUUGUAUUUUCUCCCGGAUUCCUUAUUAUACUAAAUAGAUAAUCAAUUUUAUUUUCUUCUGCCUA